GAUUCGUGAAGCUGCAUGCAACUUUCGCCAAUUCCAGGUUUUACAUCCCUGGAUGUUGAUGCUAAAUACGACUUUACUGGAGAUGUGAAAACUGCCGAAGCCAAUCUUAUGAAGGAAGGCAAUAACCAGCAUAUCUCACUGACUUCCACAGUCAAUGACAACAAUUUCCAUGUUGAAGUUGAAACACCAUUUGCUGGUUUUGAAUCUGUGAAGAUGGAUGGUGAUUACACAUACCUCAAUAAUAAACACAGUGUCUCAGCUUCAUUUGAGAAGAAUAGUCAGAAGUAUGACUUCCAUACUGAGAUUUCACUCAGCACCAACUCUGUUACCCUGACACUGGCAACCCCAAUAGCAGACAUUAAGCAUGUUGUCAUUAAUGGCAAUUACCAGGCUAUUGAGAAUGGAAUGGAAUGCUCCCUUGUUGUUGAAAGAAACCAGGAUAAGUUUGAGUUUGAUGCUCAUGGAUAUUUUACACCCAAGAAAUCAGACCUCCACCUCUCACUGGAGAUGCCUGUUGAAGGCUGGAGGAAGCUAGAGCUGGAUACCCAUUAUGAUGUCAUCUCUGACAAGAAGUCUGCCGAGAUCUCUUUCCAAAGAGAUUCACUGAGGAAAAAGCUGUAUGUUGAGGGAAGCUAUAAUCUGAAAUCUGGAUCUUUUAAGGUUAUGACUCCUAUUGAGGACUUCAGCGUCCUAGGUGCUGAAUAUACAUUAAACCUUGAUGAAUAUAACAAGAAACUGGAUGCUUCUGUAAAGAUCAGUCAAAAUUCCAACGAAUGGACCUUCGAGGCACAUGGACAAUACAGUGAUGAUAGAAUUGCUAUUAAGUUCCAGACACUUGAGGGCUUUGACAUUAUUGCUGUAGAAGGAAACCUAAACUAUGGAAACAGAUCUGGAAGAGGUGUCAUUCAGUUUGGGUCUUAUAAAUUUACCACCAGCAUUUCCUAUGCAAAUGAUAAUAUGUCCUUUGAGCUGACGACUCCCUUUGAUACAAUCAAGACUUUGUCCCUCUCAGCCCAGUACAGCUGGACUACCAGCCAAAAGAGUGCUACUCUAAACAUCACUUACAAUGACAAGAAUUUCGUUCUCUCCAGUUCUCUGCGGCUCUCUACAAGGGCCUCUGACAUCACCUUCCAGGCCAAAACUCCUUUCAGUGGUUUCCAGAACACCUUCAUUGAAAUUAAGUGUGACAUUGAUAACAGAGAGGAGCUCCUUGCAUUCCGUGCCAAUGCAGAUGACCACAGAUACAGCUUUGUUGUAGGUGGAUUUAUUGAGGACAAGCUAGCCAUGUUCAAGUGGAACCUUAACUCUCCUUUCAGCGGCUGGACUGAUGCUAAGUUUGUAGCUAAGAUUGAUCUUUCCAAUGAAAAUACAAACUUGGAAAUCUCCCUUGAGAAAGAAGGAGACCUUAAAGCUAUUGCAGUCUCUGGCAAGUUCAUUGGCAGUACAUUGGACUUUAAUCUGCGAACUCCCUUCAGAGGGCUCAACAAUUUCAAUGUGUUUGGCUCUCUUAACCGGUCCAAGAGGUCUCUUGAAAUGAGAAUGAUGAAUGAUGCAGGAUAUGCAUCUUUGGAUGGCAAUUUCAAUUCCCUCAGAUUCAACAUGAAGACUCCAUUUGAAAGAGCAGAACAGAUCUCCUGGGAGAUCACCAAGACUGGUGAAGGCUCCUACAAGGCUGAAUGGAGGAGGAAUGAUAAUUAUGCCACACUCACGACAGAAAAGGAUGGAAAGAAAAAUUCUUUCCAAGUAAAUGUGAAGAGCGAGUUUCGGGGAUGGGAGAUCUUGGCUCUUACUGGAAGACUGGAUGAAGGGACAAAACAAGCCUACCUCAGUGGAGCCAUCAAUGAACAGAAGAUCACAAUCUCUGGAUCAGGUUCCUUUGGUAAUAAAUCCAACUAUAACAUGAAGAUUGAAACUCCCUAUGAUAACUACAGAGUUGUAGAUAUCCAACUGGAUUAUCUGAAGAGAAGGAAUACAAUGAAGAUUGAGGCUUCUUCAUCCUCUUCUGAUUUCCAUCUUCUUUGGUCACGCUCAGGAUCCGGCAUUGAAGCUCACCUUAUUGUACCUAAUUCACAGCAGAAUACUGAAAUUUCCAUCAACCUCACCCUUACUCAAGGAAAAAUAACCAUAACAUCACGAUUCGAGCCUAUCAGGGACUACCUCCAAGAAUACCAUGUUAACUUGGGUGAGACUGUUGUGACUGCUGACCAUAUUAUCAAGCUGAAUGGUCGUGAAGUUUUCAAGAUGGAAUUUGAGAGGAAUGCUCCUGAACAGAAGGGACACCUGGAAAUUCACAUUCAUGUUGCAGAUCGCCACACAACCAUUCACUUCCACCGUGAGGGCUUCAGCAAGCUUAAUUUCCUCUUUAAACGUGAGGUGCCCCAGUAUGGCGAGAAACACUUCAAGGUUGACAUAACUGGAUCAGGAGCAUUGCCAGAAAAGGGUGCACUUGAUAUUGUUGUUGAGAACACCUUCCGUGAACCAGCUAGUACCAUCAAUGCACGUGUUGAAGUAGACCGGACUGGCGCCCGAAAGAAAAUUAUGCUGGAGGUUACUCCUCGACAAAGCAGACUGUAUGUUUUUAACCUUGAAUAUGAUGCAGACCUCCAAAGCCCACGACACGGAGACUUCACUUUGAGUAUUACAACUCCAGCAAGGCGAGCAGCCCCAUGGCAGAAUAUGUCAGGAAACUGGAAUGUUGAAAAUCCAAAUGAUGCUACAAUAACCUUCACAAUGGGCAACAUCACUUACAAUGCCAGAGGAAAACUUACUCUUCGGGAAUCCACCAUGAUACUCUCUUCAACAAAUCCAUCUGCUGAAAACAUUUUCCUCCAGUGGAAAUUUGAACGCAAUGGCAGCAAUAGAGACUACUUCCUUAAGCUUGGCCGUGAGUCCAAAUAUGGAAUGCUGAAGUUGAAAGGAACAAUUAUUGAUAUUGCUCAUGUGGAUAUUGAAGGAGGCUUCAAGGCUGGACCAUUCAUGCCAGACGAGUUCCUGUUUACCUCUAAGUGGGACAAGUCUAACGGUGUAGUCACUGGAGAUGGUACAUUUGAUUAUGGAAACUAUCAUGGUUCCCACCGUCUGGUAAAGUUUGAGCGAAAUGCAGAAAGGAAAUCGGCAUCCUUUGAAUGGUCAGCAACUUCGAAUAUUUCCGGGUACAACUCUGUCUCAGUCUCAGGAAAUUAUGACUUUGACCACAAAGUUGUUAUCUUUGUCCUCAUAAAUGCCGAUGGUAGAGAAUCUAAAAUUGAUGUCAACAUUGCUGAUAUCAACCCCACAAGAUCUCGUAAUACAGCAAUGAUUUCUAUCCCACUCCUAGGAUCUACAUUUGAAAGGACAGAACUCACUGUCAGUCAUGACUUCAGCCAUCCAAACCAAAAAUCUAUCUCAGCUGUUGCCAAGUUUGGUCGCUCAGAAUCCUUCAUUAAUGCCAAGUGGAACCGAAGUGAUGGUUUUGAAACCCUUGAAGGAAAUAUAGAGGCCAAGUCGAGAUUCCUUGGAGAUAUUCUAAUCAACGUCAGGUACGACAUGUCCAAUAUUGCAGAUGCUUAUGCUGAAGUUGACUAUUCAAGAACGACGACGGAUGGCGAUAAAAAAGAAUUUAAACUGAAAUGGACUAGGAAAUCUACUGAUGGCCAUCUUGAAAAUGAAAUGAUCUUUGACUCCAACUUUGAGACCCUGUCACAUGCACGUGCAUAUGCCAAUGCUGAGUAUGGUAACAAUUUCAAAUUGUUAUCUGGGCUGGAUUGGAAUGACAAGGAAAUUAACCUUACUCUCGAAGUUCGGAAAAAUAAAAUUUCAGGAAAGCUUACCACACCAUUUGAAGGAUUUGAAACAACAGAGGUAGACCUGCAGUAUAAGCUUACUGGUAAGGACAAGUCAGUUAAUGCAACAUAUCAACGGGGAGAUAGGAAGGCUAGCCUCAAUGUGGAGGUGAGCAUGAAGGGCAAAAAAGGAGGUUCCUUUAAUGUUGAUCUCAGCACACCUUUUGAAGUGGUGAAAAACCUUCAUAUUGACGGUCAGUAUGAAAACAAAGUGGCUCAAGUUAAUUAUCAAAGAAACGAUAUUCAAAUGAACUUCAGUGGAAAGGCUAACAUCAAAUCAAGUAAAGCUUCCUUUGACAUUUCAUUCACACCUCCUAGUGGACAAAAUAUCAGGAUAGCUGCUUCAUAUGAUGUACAGGACUUCAUUGCUGGUACAGGAACUGAGGAGAAGGAACUAGCUAGUCUUUCACUUGAGUUUGAAGGUAACUCACUGGACUUCAGCCUUCAUGGCUUCCGCAAUGAUGACAGACUGUACGUGAUGAUUCAUGGGUCUUCCUCCUUUGCAGUGCUCAAGAUGUUCCAUCUCAAAUUAGAUUCUGAACUGAAUACUGAGGCACGGGACGGCACUUUUGAGCUCACUUUCAAUGAUUUUAAAUUCAAUGUAAGCAAUCACUUUGAGAGACGAGAAAACAAUGGUUAUUACUUUAGAAGCAGGAUUGAGUCGACACUCACUCCACUCCCAGCACUGAUCAUUGGUCUUGGGCGUGAAGGUGAAGAACGUAUCAUAACCAUUGGCUAUGGAGAGGACAAAGAGAUUACUUUCUCUGUAAAAGGCAAGAACAACUUCCUUUCUGGAUUUUCGGGCAAGGUUGACAUUCCCUCCUUAGGUUAUGAAGGAGUGGAAUAUGAGGUAGAUUACAGCUUCCCAGGUGAUAAUCACCUCCAGAUUCAUGUUGAGAUUGACUUAAACGAAAAUGGGCAAGAAGUGGAGGCAACAUUCUUCCUCGAUUCAGAAGGUAUCAAGGCUCGCCUGACAUCCACUGUGCUGGGUGACCAUUCCCUGCGUGUUCGUCGAUCAGUGUCCCCUGAUGGCUUCUAUGCUGAAGCUGGCCUUGAUGAUUACAGCCUGAAACUACGAGGAGGCUUCAAGAACGAAGAUACUGCACGUGGUGUACAACUGGAAGGAGAAGUAUUUGGUAACAGAUUCCUUAUUGACACCUUGUUCCAGUCUGAAGGAAAGCGAUAUUCUGAGGGUAAACUGAUCAUCCACACUCCAUUCCCUGGCAUGGAAAAGAUGGGUGGCCUAUUCACCUGGUCUAAUGCAAACAAGAAAAUCAUGGCCCAUGCUGAACUCCACCUUCCUUCUUACAUAACACCUACAAUUACUGGUGAGAUCAGCCUAGAUCUUAAAAAGAAGAUCAAUGGGUAUGUCACCCUUGAUGUAGCUGGAGAGGAAUUCACCCUGAAGUGCAAUCUUGCUGGUUCCUCCAUUUCCCAAGGUUAUACAGGCUCGCUUGAAUUCUAUACUCCAUUCCAUGCUGUAUCGCAUGUUGUAUUGACCGGUGACAUAAAAAUGCAGGCAUUGUCUUUCCUUGACAUGGAAGUAAAAAUUGACGCACCUUUUGCCACACACGACCUUAAACUGAAAUACCAGCUCACUGCUGACAAAGUCACUGGAGAAGCCUUCCUUGAGUCAACAAGGUUGUAUAACACCAUUCAGCUAAGUCUUAAUAUUGAGGGCCUUAGCACUGGAAAUGUAGAGGUCGACUUGACUGUCAAUGACAACAAGAUUAAUGCACAUUACACUUUGGCUCAAUCCACCUUCAAAUUCGACGUGACAACCAUUAUUUUUAACAAGGAACGCCAGUUCUCCAUUGAAGCCAAGUAUCCAUCUCUGGAAAGUCUCGAGGGUGUAGUUGCUGUUACUCUGGAAGGUGAAAAGCACAUGGUUAGUGGAAGCCUGAACAUCAUUAACAAUCGCAUCCAAGGAGCUCUUGAUUUGGAAUCUGACCUUAUUGAGGGGUCACGGAAGCUGGUGCUCGACGUUUCCAAGCCAAGUGAUUCCUAUAAACAAGCCUCAUUUAAAAUCAUUUUCACUAGCAGUGACCCUCAUUCCUUCUACCUGGAUUUGGAUCUAAGAAGUGGGCUUGCAGCUACUGUAAAGAUUGAUACACCCGUCUUCCCGAAAGUUACCACUACCCUGCAAGUAGCUCCUGCCAUUGCUGGAAUCACCAUCGAGACCCCCAAAGGAACACACAAGGUUCAGCUUAGCUGGCGCCAGACUCGUAGAAUGCCAUCUGACUGGAUUGGUUCCCUAGAGCUGAUCUCUCCGUUGCUGCCUGAGAACUACCUCUUCAGUGUUAACCUUGGAAGUAAACACAUCAUGGCUGAGCUGCAGACAGGAAGCAUAAAGCAUACUCUUGAGGCUAGGACCUCAGUGUCUAACUAUGGUGGAGAUUUGUCUCUCAUGAUUGACACACCUUUUGAAAAUAUCAAUAAAGUUACGCUUGAUGCCUCACUCAACUUCCAGAACAAUGUUGAAAUGUUUAUCACAGCCAAAUUUGCCAACACAGUCAAUUCCUUCCGGUUCAAUCUGGAUAAGGAAAACAGGAAGUUGAUUAGCAUUGUGGAAUCUCCAUACAUCCCAACGGGAAUGGCUGAAGCUGAAGCUAUGCUCACUGGAAAUACAAAUGAGAACAUGCAAAUGAAGAUGGCGCUGAAGAAUGCUGAAGAUACCAUCUCUGGAAUCCUCAAUAUUAAGAUCAAGUCUUCACAGAAUAUCAAUACCAACCUCAAGAUUAUUACGCCAUUCAAGGGUUACAAGAAGAUGAACUUCGGUGCCCGCUACCUUAAAGAUGAGGUGACCAACAUUUCCGUGUUUGCCGACAAGCCUCUGAAGUUUAAGGCAGAUCUUCAGUUUGGAAACACCGAGGAUGUCGUGACAACCAACUUGGUUGUCGAAACUCCCAUUGAAGACUUCGAGAGGAUCGAGGCUGAAAUGAAGGUUCCCCUGUACAAGUUUGCUCCGAAGGUGAUGCUGACUCUCCCUCACAACCGUUACGGACUUACUGCAGAUUACGGCAGUGACUCUUUCUCUCAGAAGUUAUCUGCUGGCGUGACUUUGAACGAAGAAUCAUAUGACGGAUACUACUCUCUGAGGACAAAGGCACCCUACGAACUGGCUUAUGGCUACAACUUAGCUCAGUUGGCAAGUACGCGAUUCCAUCUUAGAACCGACUCGUCAUUCUUCUCUGUGUUUGCAUAAAUUCCAUGUGAUUUGCUUGAAGACACUGAUAUGUAUUUAUGCGUACUUUACUAACUACUUUAACGGCAUCUAAUCAGAUUGAAACAUUUCAUUAUGCUAUAUGACAUGAACAAAACCAUUCCAAAUAAUAUUAAAUAGUUAACAAGGAUGUGAAAUUGUGCUUAAACUCAUCAAUUUUGACAAUUUUACCUAUUAUGUAUAUAGAUUGUGACAUGUAUUAACAAUAAAAAAUAGACAAAAUACA